AUGGCAACCUACGCUCCUCUCCCCGCGCAGACAAUCACCAAUCCUGGCCAGAUCUCCAUCUACGGCCACCCCUCCCCGACAAACUCCAACACCAACACCCCAGCCAACAGCUCACCCACUUCACCACAUCUAAGCACAGCAACCAUCCUCCUCCCUACCCAGUCACGUCAGAUCCGUCCCCCAAAGGCGCCGCUAUAUGUUCCCGCCGUGCUGCGUCCGACCGAGCGACCCAGUAGACCUCAGACUGGAACAGCGCCCACGACUCGAGAUCCGUCACCCAUCACGCCGCCUCGCAGUGUUCACGGUUCACUCGAUAGUUUGAACGAAGAUGCGUCGCCUGUUGAUUUUCAGAAGAAUUUCCAGUCGAGGAAUACGGUGAGCAAGGUUGCCGAGGAUGUGUGGAAGAAGGGUGAGCGAUUAGGCGAGGUGACUGGUGUGCCGACACGCGACCACUGGAAGGCCGACUCUGCUUCUCAAACUUGUGAUUCACCCACGUGUCGCUCCUCGUUUGGCAUUUUCACCCGUCGCCAUCACUGUCGUCACUGUGGCCACGUCUUUUGCUCAAGUCAUACUCCCUACGUGGUCCCUCUCGAUCAGAAUGCGCGUUUCCACCCAGAAGGAUCCGCCUCCCGGGCCUGUGAUCAAUGCUACAAGGCCUAUCAGCGCUGGGAAGAGUCUCGCGCUGCAGGCAUGAGUCGCAUUCAGCAGAAACUAGACGCUCGUAUUGACGCUCAGAUUGAACACGAGGAACAAGUCGACGAUGCUGCCGAGGUUCCCCAUCGCCAGCAAGAAUUCACUGUUGCCAGCAGUGUUCCUCGCGACUGGAAUUGGAGCACUUUUUAA